UGAAGUUCAAUGGCCAGAAUGACAGUGGAAUAUGCCAUGUCCAUGGUUGCCGCCGGUCUAUAUUUAAACAGUAGGCCUAAUUUUAGUCAACGAAGAUAGCCCGAAGGAAUUACGGGAAACGGUGCUGUUUGUGGAGAACAAUCACAGACCGCUAUAUUCCGGCUCUGAGUAAUGUAGGAUAAUCAUAUUUUCUCUACGGCUCUGGCCAAGAUUUAACAACAUGUUCGCGUUUAAAAGUUACAAAAUAAAUUUCUCCUCGCCAAAUGCUACAGGCGUUUUUCGUAGAGGCGAGACCUUAUCGGGCGAAUUGCGAUUUGUGCUUGGCAGAGAAAUUGAGAUUAAGCAAAUAACAGUGACACUCAAAGGCAAAGCGUCAGUGUUGUGGGAAACUAAACAAGGAAAGGCCAGCAUAGACCACAAAGGAAAAGUGGUAUACUAUCGGGAUCGGGAAGUUCUUCUGCGAGCACCAAGUGGUUCAACACUGAAACCGGGAGUUCAUGUAUACCCCUUCCUCUGCAAACUACCCAGGGGAAAUUUCCCUUCCACCUUCAAGUCGGGUCAUGGAAAGAUCUCAUAUUCAGUAAUCUUUGAGAUUCACCGAUCAGUAAAUCAAUCAAAAACCCUUGAAUCAGAAUUCCAGUUUGAGCGCUUGGUAAAUGUCAAUGUUCCUGCACUUCUGAUGCCACAGUCGGCCACCAAAAGUACGUCCCUCUACAGGUUCUGCUGUACCGUAACAGGGGAUCUCUCUAUGGAUGUGUUGGUGGAUAAAAAAGGCUAUGUUCCUGGGGAAACUAUAACAAUUACAAUAGAAGGUGAAAACGGUACUUCCUCGACUAUUGUGCCCACAGCUGAGCUAGAAAGAAAGGUGAUAUACUAUGAGGACGGCAUGAUUAAUCAGAAGAGCAAAUCCAAACAGGUGAAAUAUGUUGUGGGAGAGCAUGUUAAGCCCAACACCUCAGAGUUUAAGGGGGAGAUCAAGCUUUGCAUCCCUAAGGAUACUUACAUCACCCUGCAAGACUGUAAGGUCCUGGUUGUCGAAUACUCACUCACGGUGGGCCUGUCUGCAAACGCAGCCACCGCACUGACGGCUGUCUUCCCCAUCGUGAUCGGCAACUCUCCGCCGAUGCCUGAAGAGCCUGAAACUAACUGA